AUGUUAAUAAUAGUGAUUUUCAUGUGUGUUGAACAGUUCACUUUGCGUCCAUAUACUCGUCUUGGAUUAGAUAGGUCCGUUAUUCCAAGUCAGGUGUCUUCCUCAGAAUUCAUUGAUGAGUUAAUUUCAGACAUUCCGGAGGUUGUAGAUGCUGCCCAUUGUGUUAGUCAGUUGUGGCACCAGUCCGUGAUCAAACCAAGAGAUAAUGCAGUUUUGGUUGAAGAGCCAUGGUACAAUGAGAAUACGCUUCCCGGUUGUUUGGAAAAUGCAAGGAGAGAUGUCUUGGAGAUGGUUCUUUUAGGGACUGGAUCAUUUCAGACAUCUAAAUAUCGCAAUGUCACUUCUAUCCGUAUCAAUCUUUUAUCCAAAGGAGGUCUACUUUUAGAUUGCGGUGAAGGAACCCUGGGACAUCUAAAAAGAAGAUAUGGUGUAGAGGGUGCUAAUAAUGCUGUGAGAGAUUCUAGCUGUAUUUAUAUUUCUCAUAUUCAAGCUGAUCAUACCGCUCUACAACGUGAUUUGUUCAAGGGACUGCCGCACGAGCCAUUACUUGUUGUUGGACCGAUAAAGCUUAAGUUCUUUUUUGAUGCAUACUAGAGACUCGAACAUUUAGAUUUGCAGUUCCUUGAUUGUAAGCACACCAUAGAAGCAUCUUUACUUGCUUUUGGGUCUCGUGUCGAGGACAUGAGCAUUAAAAAUACAGAUAGGUAAUUGGCAGAGAGAGUUGAUUCCAAUUUAUUUGCUAAAAGAUCCCGUAUGCAGAGCUAUUGGAAAAGGCCGGGUAGUCCUAUUGACAACAAUGCAGUUCCAACUGUAAAGAGCUUGCAAAAAGUGCUUAAUGAAGCUGGCAACCAUAGCACAACGCAGGAAGCCAUAGAAGUUGGAAACUCUGCGGGAGUUUAUCGUAUCAUCCUCACCCACUUCAGCCAGCGAUAUCCGAAAAUCCCAGUAUUUGAUGAUAUACACAUGCAUAAGACAUGCAUUAGAUUUGACAUUAUGAAUAUUAACAUUGCUAAUUUUCCUGUGGCCCCAAAGGUACUUCCAUAUUUGAAACUGCUUUUUAGAGACGAGAUGAUUGUUGACGAGGAAGAUGAGUUGAUAAAGGCUGCAAGUGUGGCUUCUUGA